CAGACAAAGCAGGGUGAAUAAUUAGUUUUCCAUGGUUUUUUCUCCAAUGACUUUGGUUAGGAAGGGGGAAGGUAAAACAUCCAGUGGGCAAGGACCAAGGGAGAAGGAGCAGAAGGCCAUUGGGCAGAGAAAAGAGAAGGUAGGCAGGAUGUACUCUCAUGCUCUUCAAAUUCCCAGCCAGAUCAGUUCAUGCGGAAGUGAGCAGAAUUCCUUACAGCCCUUUAGGGUUCAUGUGUUCAGCAACUGUGUCUGAUCUGUGGCAUCUACCAGAGUGAACAUGGCUGGCCUGAGGAUGCUCAAUCUACUGGCCUUCUUUCUUCCUGGAAUCUUGCUCUUGGAAUCGGCUAAAAUUAUGACAAUUCACAUAUUGGGUUUAAUAAAAGAGAGAAAAUUGUACAAGGUUCUUAGUUGGGUUCCACAUGAAGACAAUCAAAGAGAAUACCAUAAGGUUACUGAAUUCCUUUUACAAGAAUCUUUUCAUGGAAGGGAAAACUUCAACCAUUAUGUAAAGCUUUAUGAAAGCCUUGGAACUUUAUGCAGUGACUUGCUAAGCUCAGAGGGCAUCCUGGACUCCUUAAGGAAUGAGAACACGGACCUGAUAAUUUUGGAUUCAGUAGAUUUCUGUUCCUUGCUGAUUGCUGAGAAGCUUGGAAAACCAUUUGUGUGCUUAUUUCCUGUAGCAUUAGAUAAUAGUGGUAAAUUAGGCUUGGCAAGUCCCUUGUCUCAUGUUUCAGUGUACUAUCUACUGCUGAAUGGGGAAGGGGGCUUCUGGAGCCUCAUCAAGAACAUUCUAAAGUCUGUGGCUUUCUCGAUGAAGCAAAAGAAAAUAUACUCUACCUUUGACAAUACCAUCAAGCAGCAUUUUGCAGAAGGCUCUAGGCCGGUUUUGUCUCGUCUUCCACAUAAAGCAGAGAUUUGGUUUGUGAACUCGGAUUUUGCCUUGGAUUUUGUGUGCCCCCUCUUUCCUAAUACCAUUCACAUUGGAGGCUUACUAGACAAACCUGUAAUGCCACUACCACAGGAAUUGGAGGACUUCAUUGCUAAGUUUGAAAAAUCUGGUUUUGUUCUUGUGUCUCUGGGCUCAAUAUUGAGCAGUUUUCAGAGCCAGACAUUACUGGAGGAGAUGAACAAUGGCUUUUCUCUCCUUCCUCAAGGAGUGAUAUGGAGUUUUCAGAGUUCUCUUUGGCCCAAGGAGUUGAAAUUGGCUACAAAUGUCAAAAUUAUGGAUUGGAUUCCUCAGAAUGACCUCUUGGCUCACCCUGGCAUCUGUGUGUUUGUUACUCAUGGUGGAAUAAAUAGUGUUAAUGAGGCUAUCCAGCAUGGUGUACCCAUCGUGGGAAUUCCAGUUAAUGGAGACCAGCCCACAAACAUGUUCCAUGUAGAAGCAAAACAACUGGGCAUCUCCCUUCCUGUAAUCAACAUCACGGCAGAAACACUGGCUCUGAAAGUGAAACAAGUUAUAGAAGACAAGAGGUACAAGUCUGCGGCGGUGGCUGCAAGCAUCAUCAGGCUCUCCCAGCCCUUGACCCCUGAGCAGCGCCUGGUGGGUUGGAUUCAUCACAUCCUUCAGACAAAGGGUGCAGAGCACCUCAGGCCUUAUGCUUUCCAGCAGCCGUGGACUGAGUUUCAUCUGCUCAUCAUCUUCCUGUUCCUACUGGGGUUCACUCUGGGUACCCUGUGGCUUUGUGGGAAGCUGCUGAGCCUGCUAACCCAGUGGCUGAAGGGGCCUUGGAAACUGAAGAAGAUGUGAUACUUAGUAUCCGCCCAGUGGGCUGGAGAUUCUUUGGGUCUUUGCAGGCUUCCCCUUUUCCAGCCUGGGGUCCUCUGGUGUUCUCUCCUUCCCUCCAUCUACUCUGCAUUUG